GUUAGUCUCAUUGCAGACACACGAAGAAAAGCUGGUGGUUUGUUUACUCCUGUUGCAAUGGCUACCAUCACCGAACUUAAAUGUGCCGUGAGAGAAACUUUGGAGCGCCGCGGCGUGCUGGGACAACUGAAGGCACGCAUCCGGGCUGAAGUGUUCGGUGCUCUCGAUGACCAACGUGAACAGCGGCCGCCGCUGUCCCACGAAAACCUGCUCAUCAAUGAGCUCAUCCGUGAGUACUUGGAGUUCAACAAAUACCGACACACAGCGUCGGUUCUGAUAGCAGAGUCAGGCCAACCCCAAGUUCCCCUGGACAGACAGUUUCUGGCGAGUGAGCUGAGAGUCGCUGAGGAUAUGAGCUCCAAAUCGGUGCCUCUUCUGUAUGGUUUGGUGUCGCACUUCCUGAAUAGUGGUGAUGAUGGAAGCAAGGUGUUCCUCAAGGGCACCUGUACGAGUAAUACAGGACACAGAACUGACAGCUGACACUGAGACUCACACCAUUCAAUCAUCAUCAUCAUCAUGUUUUUUUAUCGAUCUCAUCAGCAGAGAGCUCACAAGUCGUGCUGAUGUGCAGUUUGUACUUUCAAAUUCACACUUUAUUUAUUUGCAUGUGCUCUUCUGCUCCCUUCAUGUUUUUCCAUUUUGUUAUUUAAAAUAAAG